AGGCCCUCCUCCCACCCUCAAGAUGGCUGCGGUGCUGUCGGGCCAGGAGCCGUGGAACCGCCUGAGGAUCCCCAGGGCGGGGAGCUGCAGCACGGUGACCGUGCCGGCCUCCGGCGCGGACCUCGACCUUUGCGUUGCGGCUGUCAUCAAGGAAUGCCACCUCGUCACUUUGUCUCUGAAGAGCCAGGUCUUGGAUGCUGAAGCGGAUGUGUUGUGUGCAGUCCUUUACAGCCAUCACAACCGAAUGGGCCGCCACAAGCCGCACCUUGCUCUCAAACAGGUGGAACAAUGUUUAAAACGCUUGAAAAAGAUGAACUUGGAGGGUGCUAUUCAAGAUCUAUCAGAGCUGUUUUCUUCCGAUGAGAAUCAGCCUGCCCCUUCCGACAUGCGUGUCCUCCCCAGCCAGCCGCUGCUGGAGCUGGUGCUGCUGAAGGUGCUGGGAGCCUGCAAGCUGUUGCUCCGCCUGCUGGACUGCUGCUGCAAGACCUUCCUCUUGACUGUGAAGCAUCUAGGUUUGCAGGAGUUCAUUAUUUUAAACCUUGUGAUGGUUGGGCUAGUGAGCAGGUUAUGGGUUCUCUAUAAAGGUGUCCUGAAAAGGUUGGUUUCCUUCUAUGAGCCAUUGUUUGGAUUGCUUCAAGUGGUCUCUAGGAUUCAACCAAUGCCUUACAUCAAAGAUUUUACCUUUCCUUCCAAUAUUGCUGAAUUUCUAGGGCAGCCCUAUCUUGACAUUUUUCAGCAAAAGAUACCUACGGCACUUGCAGCUAAAGGAGUAACUAAAUUGCUCAAUAGACUGUUUUUAACAAAAGAACAGUCACCAAGGUCCGGUGAAGAAAACUUACGUAAAAUUUCCGAAAAGGCCAAACAGAUGAAGGUAGACCUGCAGAAUGAUCUGGACCUGGGACAGCCAGUGAAGAGUAACCAGGUCUGCAAAGAAGAGUCCUCAGAUUUUGAUGUGAGAGUUUUCUGCAAACAGCUGAAACACAGAGCUAUCCAGGAGAAGAGCUUUGCGUUUCAGUGUUCUCGGCCCAACCCGAGAACAGCCAGACCUUCUUCCAGAGUGAGAUGGGCUCCUGGUGCCAAAAGGCUGGUGCAAAGAUUCCGAGAAGCUGGGACUUUCACACAGCUCUCAGAAGAAAUCCAAGUGGCUGUUACAUGGUGCAGGAGCAAAAAACUCAAAGCUCAGGCCACCUUUCUGAGUAACAAACUUCUGAAAAGUAACCGGCUUAAACAUGUGGAAGCUCAAGGUUACAGUUUGCCAAAGAAACUAGAAUGCAUGAAAACAUCCAUUUGCAACUGCCUUCUUCGUGGCUCAGGUGCCAGAACUUCAAAACAUCACCUGAGACAAAGAAGAUCGCAGAAUGCAUUUCUACCAAGACAAAGGAAACCACAGAGGAAGGUUCAGUCAGUUCUAUUAAAGGAAAUUCAGCAGUUCUGUCAAGGGACUCAGGAGAUUGCUACAGAUCCUAGAACCAAGAGGAGGCUGGCUGACCAUGCAGUUCGCAGCCCUGAGCUGUCCCGGAACUCCAAGAGUAAGCAACUCUUGAGUAGCGGAGGUGUAAAUCUGGACUUACAGACCACAGAGAAACGGACUCGAGAAAACCGCACAGGAAGCAAUGAACAUGAAACUGAAUCAUGGAGAAUGAUGCAGAUGAGCAAAUAUAAUACAUCAGGAUUCACUAAAGAGAAGGAUGACAUUGAUGAUAUUUUUGCUUUAAUGGGAGUUUAGGUGUUCUUACAUGAGACUUCUAAGCAAUUAAGCUUGGCUUAAGGUUCUGCUGUUUUAAGUGGAACUGCUAAAACCUUGAAGUACUUUGGAUGGGAUUCAGGGAGAAAUUGCAUUAGGGCAGUAUUGCUCAGAGGUUCACUUUAAUAAAAUAUUGUAGCUAUG